UGUCACUCAUAGUCAUUGAGAAUAUUUUGAAUGUAUCAACGUGUUUCUAUAAUUUUAAUGUAAUCGUUAUAAAUCUUAUUUAGUGAUGGUAUAUUGCAUUUAAAAUUUAGCUAAAUAAAGUGAUAUAAAUACAUAGAAACAAUGGUGAAUUCAAAAGAAAUUAAUGAAAUUAAUUCUCUAAUUGUUGCUCAAUUAGCGGCUGAAAAAAAUAAAACGGCAAUACCAAUUGCAAAAAUUGAACGAGACUAUAGAGAAGAAACGGGAGAACGUAUCCCAUAUGCAAAAUUAGGAUUUCCAAAACUUGUUGAUUACUUAAAGACUGUGCCGGGUGUUGAAGUGAUCGAAAUGUAUAAUGCUCAUUACGUGAAUUUUAUGGGGACUGAAGAUUCACAACAUAUCGUUGACCUUGUAUCGAAGCAACGAUAUAAAAAUCCACCAAGAAAUGCUCGACGUUAUACAGGAUAUACAAAAAAUUCAUCAAAUUCAUAUGGAUCACGUUCGUAUGGAUCAUUAACAAGAACUAAUAGAAAUAUCACGGAUAAUAUUCUUUCUAUAUUAAGAAGAUAUUCAAACGGAUUAACUAGGACGGAAUUAUUGCAAAAAUUGAAUUAUGAAUGUGCUUUGGAUGAAAAUCUAACCACCUUGAAUGAUUAUUUAAAAAUUCUUGGCAAACAAAUUACAAUAAGAGAUAAAUUAAUCUAUGAAAAUAUAAGAAAAAAAUCUGAUGAUAGCCAUAAUUCUGGAUAUUAUCGUUGUGAUCAAGUUGAUUCAACCCGAUUUAAUCAUUAUGAUGCUAAUUAUCAAUCGACAUACACGAACAAUAAGACACGAUCUAAUCCCAUGAAAGAAGAUUUAGACUAUAACGGAUUUAUUGACCUAGAGACUAAUCAAUUUUGUGUUACUGAAAAUGAUCUUUUACACGAAAUAAAGGCUUCUGACUGUAACAAUCAUUAUAAUAGUGUUGAAGAAGAACACCGCAUGAACUAUUCAGACAUGGCUAAAUUACAUCAACAAAAUAUAACACAUGAAACUUUGUUAUGCUCAGACAAUUCUGAGAAUAUAAUCGAUACUACGAAUCGACGAGAAUAUAUCUUUUCACAAAACAAAGAUUAUGUAUCAACUGCUCUGAGUAAACGCGUAAAAUUUCGCUUAGAAAAACUCAUUCAAAGUCGUCCUCAAGGAAUUUGGUGUACUGAGUUACCUAAAUUAUAUGAAGAAGAAUAUAAAAUUCCUUUAGAAUGGACCAAUCUUGGAUUUCAUCGUCUCAGUGAUUUCACUGCUCAUCUUUCUGAUAUUUUUCAUGUUAUUGGACCUCAAUUGAAUGGCGAUUUUAAACUCUAUAAUGCAAAAGAACCUGUACCUGAUGACAAACCGUCUAAAAUACCCAAAAAAUUAACUACAGCAUCAUUGUUUGAUAUAUACGGUGAUGUUGACAUUGAACCUAUUCCAACGAGCGUUCCUGCUAGCUUCAGUAAACAAUUAUGCCCAGAUGACGUUAUCACCAUUCAAGAAACGGUUGGGCAAGUUUUAGUCACUGAUUUGAAAAUAAGUAAUAAUGUUGAUAAAAAUGAAAAUCCAAUGGUAGAAGUAGAAGUUGUUGAAGCGUAUUCUCCAUCAUUUUUCUGGAUCCGUUUGUUAAAGAAUAAAAAUAAAUUCAAUAAAAUGAUGAGAAGCUUAGGAGAAUUCUACGAUUCAAAUUAUCAAAAAUAUGCAGUUCCCAUAAUUAUGUUGGAACGAGGAUUGAACAUUGCCUGUGUAUUCUACGGAAAAUGGCAUAGAGCAAUAAUAAAAAGUGUUGAUCCUAACUGUAGAGUAACAGUAUUGUUUUAUGAUUAUGGUACUGUAGAUAAAUACCCAUCUAAUGAGAUAUUUUAUCUUCAUCGAUCAUUUACGGCACUUCCUGCUCAAGCUGUUCCAUGCGGAUUGUAUAGUGUUGCUCCUCAUGAGGGUGAUAAAUGGCCAAAAAGAGUUCGAGAUUGGUUCACUCAAUGGGUUUGUGAAAGACCGCUAUGGGCAAAUAUAGUUGAAAUAGAUGCUGAGAGAAACUCAAUGUUAGUUACUCUAGCAGAUACUUCAGGGAAAGAUGAUUUUUUUAUAAACGAUUGGUUAAUUGAUAAGAAAAUGGCGAAAGUUAAAAGAAUGGUUCGUAUUCGACUGAAAAAUUUUCUUUAUGAACGUUAUUUGCAGUGUGGGAAUAUUGGAAAAAGUUUAAAUAUUCAAGUAGUCGAUGAUCAAAAUACUUGCUCAAUUCCUACUUAUCAUGAACUAACAUCUAAAAGUCCUUUAUCUCGUCGUAUGAGUUUGCUCCAAAAACUUUGUAAUGUUUCUAAUCACUUUGAAUCUAACAAUAAAACAAAUGUACAAGAUAUUUGUCCUACUUGUGGAAAUUGCACAACAAAGUUUAUUGAGCAAAAAUCAAAAACUGAUAAUAAUAGAGAAACGUCUUUUGAUAAAGUAAUUUCUUGGCUCAAAAAAAAUAGAAUGCAGCAAGUAAAAAAUAUUGAAGAUAUGAAUUUAUACGUGGACGAUCUUUGUGAAUACUAUGCUGAAGAGAAUGGAGUUAUUGAGACAAUAAUUCCUACAACUCGUCGUCCGGAAUCAAAUGGUGGAAUGAUUUCAUUUAUUAACAAAUCACCUAAAAGUUUUAGUUCUUUGAAUAAUAAACUUGAAUUAUAUAAAUACGAUUGGAAAGCAUAUAAAUCACAAAUACGAAAAAAAAUAGACGAAUUUAUUAUGUUAACCAUGAGAUUAUAUCAUGAUUUUGUGAAAAACAAUAUGGGAUCAGCUGCACAUGGAAUUAUUCAAAAUUUUGUAGGUGAAUCACUAACUGAUUCAAUGUUGGAACUCAUUUUUUCUUUUAUGGAUUUAGAUCCUCAAGAAAUAUUUACAGAUAAUAUAAAUGCAUUAGCUCUUUCAAAUGGAUUUAGUGCUAAUAAAGAAAAUCAUUCAAAUGUCGGAGAGAGUAAACAAGUUGCAAUUACUUCUGAAUCAAUUAAAAUGAACAACUUAGUAUUAAAAGACAAAAGUGCAUCAAAUUCUACAGAUAUAAAUAAUAAUUCUGAUAAAGAACGAUCAAAUGCUGAUGUCUCAAACCCAGUAUCUUUAACAACAGAAAUUGAAAUAAAGAGAAGUAAAUUAGAAACUUCAAUUAAAGAAGUUGCUAAAAAAUUUUUUGAAGAUAGAAAUAUUAUUGAUUCGAAAAAUUUAGUGGAAAAAAAAUUAAAUCCAUUUACGGAAAGUUUCCAUGAUACAAAUCCGUUUAAAAAAAAUUUAUCUAUCAAUGGUAUAUCAAAGAAAAAUACGACUAAACCACCACCGUUGCCUCCUAGGCCACUAAAUAUGGUGUCAAAGAGAGAUUGUUCAGAAACUAUUUUUGGGAGUCAUCAGCAGAAUUCAUCAAAAAUUAUUUAUCAAUCUCCUCCUGUGAUGUAUAGUGCAUCAAAAAAUAGUUCGAGGCUGGACCAUUCGAACAAGCCAUGCAAAAAUUUUUGUCAACGUGACAAAAAUUGUGAAAAUAUAGGAUUAAUAAAUGGUCAAACAUUAGCAGAAAGUUCACAAAAUAUUCAUAAUGAAAAUUAUUCACGUUCAAUCUCUUCAGCAAAUCCUUUUAAAUCACCGCAGUUUCCGAUGGCGUUACGACAAAUAAAAAAUCAAGAAUAUCCAUUCAUGUUUGAACAUUUUUAUAAUAUCAGGGAAUCAUGUUUAGAAGAAGACCAUACAGCUACUGAUGAAUUAGUUUUGGUUAAACUUCGAUUUAUUUUUGAAUUAUUAUUGCGUUUAGGUGUUAUAAACACCUAUGAUUUAAUAAGUUUAGUUAUUAAUGCUCCUUACAUACCCCUGAUAUUAAUUGACAUAUGCAACAUGUUAACUCAGGCUAUUACUUUUUCAUAUCACUUUGAAGAAUUGAGUAAGAAUUGA